AGAGAAGUGUUUAUUUUGGGGAGGUGGUUUAUUUUGAAAGUGACGUCCGGAAGUCUUGUUUGUUAUUGUGGCUGACUUGACGCUGGUCGCCAUCGUCAUCUGUACGCACGGCGACAGGGGCUCCUGAAUCGGCAGGGACGGGUAUGCCGCUGUUAUUUUCUCUAUGCAAAAAAACCCUAACAGAGAGUAGAAAAACAUCGGCGAAUUCCCCACGAUAGUCCUGCUGGAAACCCCCGAUGGAUUAGUCUGAUUCAUCUGCGACAGUAGAGAAUGGGCUGUGUCCAAUGUAAGGAUAAAGAAGCAGCAAAACUCACUGAUGACCGGGAGACCAGCCUAACGCAGAACUCGGGCUACCGCUAUGGGGCCGACCCCACGCCGCAGCACUACCCCAGCUUCGGGGUCACCGCAAUCCCCAACUACAACAACUUCCACAGCGCAGCCACGCAGGGGGUGACCGUGUUCGGCGGCGUCCACACGUCCUCGCAGUCCGGGACGCUCCGCUCCCGAGGAGGAACAGGUGUGACUCUGUUUGUGGCUCUGUAUGACUACGAAGCCAGGACCGAGGAUGACCUCAGCUUCAGAAAGGGAGAGAAGUUCCAGAUCCUCAACAGCACUGAGGGAGACUGGUGGGAGGCUCGCUCUCUCACUACGGGUGGAACUGGUUACAUUCCCAGCAAUUACGUAGCUCCAGUGGACUCUAUCCAAGCUGAGGACUGGUAUUUUGGUAAACUAGGCCGAAAGGACGCAGAGAGGCAACUCCUCUCCAACGGCAACCCCAGAGGAACUUUCCUCAUCCGUGAAAGUGAAACAACCAAAGGGGCCUUCUCCCUCUCCAUCCAGGACUGGGAUGACGUCAAGGGAGACCAUGUCAAACACUAUAAGAUUCGCAAGCUGGACAGCGGAGGCUACUACAUCACCACCAGGGCACAGUUUGAGACGCUCCAGCAGCUAGUGCAGCACUACUCUGCCCGGGCUGCUGGACUGUGCUGCAGACUGAUAGUCCCGUGUCACAAAGGCAUGCCACGUCUGGCCGACCUGUCCGUCAAAACCAAAGACGUGUGGGAGAUCCCGCGGGAGUCGCUGCAGCUCAUCAAACGUCUCGGUAACGGCCAAUUCGGAGAGGUCUGGAUGGGUACGUGGAACGGCACCACCAAAGUGGCCGUGAAGACCCUGAAGCCCGGCACUAUGUCGCCCGAGUCCUUCCUGGAGGAGGCGCAGAUUAUGAAGAAGCUCCGACAUGACAAGCUGGUCCAGCUCUACGCCGUGGUGUCAGAGGAGCCCAUCUAUAUUGUCACCGAGUACAUGAGCAAAGGGAGUUUGCUUGACUUCCUAAAGGACGGAGAGGGGCGAGGCCUCAAGCUGCCAAACCUAGUGGACAUGGCAGCUCAGGUGGCCGCGGGCAUGGCUUAUAUCGAGAGGAUGAACUACAUCCACAGAGACCUGCGUUCGGCCAACAUCCUGGUUGGAGACAGCCUGGUGUGUAAGAUUGCUGACUUCGGUCUGGCCAGGCUGAUAGAGGACAACGAAUACACAGCAAGACAAGGUGCCAAGUUUCCCAUUAAGUGGACCGCUCCAGAGGCUGCGCUCUAUGGGAAGUUCACCAUCAAGUCAGACGUGUGGUCGUUUGGCAUCCUGCUGACAGAGCUGGUGACCAAGGGCAGAGUGCCCUAUCCAGGUAUGAACAACCGCGAGGUGCUGGAGCAGGUGGAGCGGGGCUACAGGAUGCCAUGCCCGCAGGACUGCCCCACCUCCCUGCACGAGCUGAUGGUCCAGUGCUGGAAGAAAGACCCAGAGGAGAGGCCCACCUUCGAGUACCUACAGGCCUUUUUGGAGGACUACUUCACUGCCACUGAGCCUCAGUACCAGCCAGGGGACAACCUCUGAGCUCCCCCGCUGUCAUCUCAUAUUAUUCACACUCUGGCCACCAGAGGGAGCCAGACACCACCGAUUCUCUGUCAUCCUGUGGCGAGACUCUCGCGCAUUAUCGACUCAUGGACUGACUUGUGACUUCCCUGCCUCAUACACACACAGGGACAGCGAUGCUACAACAGCGCAAGGCCGACUCACUAUCACUCUCACACUUCCAGCUCUCUCUCUCUCUCAGUGCUUUCAAGGCAUUGACAACUCCACGGGCGCCGCCUCGAUGCACGUCAGAGAGAAGUCAAAGGAUAUUUCUGGGAGGAGGGCAGGGGAUGGGACAUGGGGAGGGCGGUGAUGACUGAAGAAUUGAAAAUGCUGUGGAUUAAAGAGGUGAAUUGUGGAGUGUAACUUGUAUGUAGUGUAAAUAGAAAUUGCUUGUUUACUUAUCCCUUUUAUUUUAUUUUUUAUUAUUAUUAUUUUAUUUUUUUCAUUUUAUAUUACUUUUGAUAUUUUGGAAAUGUGUGGAUUUUUUUUAAUCCAAGGUUCAAGGAUAUUCCAAAAUUGCGGCUCGUAGAAAACGUGUGAAGCUCACAGUCGGUAACAAAUUGACAUACCGUAUUUCACCAAUUAAUCGCCCGGCCGCAAAUAGCCGCCUGGUUCUUUUAAACGCCUGGGGUCUGCACCCAUUUUGCGUAUUAAACUCCCACCCGA